AUGGACAUGUGGGGCCCUGCCCGCGUCCGUGGACUCGGUCACGAGCGCUACUUCCUGUUGGUGGUUGACGACUACUCGCGUUACACCACAGUCUUCCCCUUGCGCAGCAAGGGUGAUGUCACUGAGGUGCUGAUCGACUGGAUCCGCGCAGCUCGUCUCCAGCUCAGGCAGAGCUUUGGCUCGGACUUUCCUGUGCUGCGUCUGCACUCGGACAGAGGCGGAGAGUUCUCCUCAAACCUUCUGCGUGCCUACUGUCGUGCGCGAGGCAUCCGUCAGACCUUCACGCUUCCGGACUCACCGCAGCAAAAUGGGAUUGCAGAGCGCCGCAUUGGCAUGGUCAUGGACGUCGCUCGUACGUCUAUGAUGCAUGCGGCUGCCCCCCAUUUUCUGUGGCCGUUUGCGGUCAAGUACGCGGCGCAUCAGAUCAACCUCCACCCCAGGGUCUCCAGGCCGGAGACCUCCCCAGCGCUGCUGUGGACGGGGAAGGUUGGCGAUGCGUCGGCGUUCCGGGUCUGGGGAUCUCGGGCGUUUGUCCGCGACUUGUCUGCGGACAAGCUGUCCCCUCGCGCUGCUCCGUGCGUCUUCCUGGGGUUCCCCCCCGACGCCCCUGGGUGGCAGUUCUACCACCCCACCUCUCGCCGUGUUCUGUCCUCCCAGGACGUCACGUUCGACGAUUCGGUGUGUCCCAGGUAG